AUGGUGAAGCUAUCGCUGUGUACGAAGUGCAAGAAGUUUCAUUAUUGCUCUAAAGAAUGCCAGAGGAAAGACUGGCCGUCACACAAAGGAUUCGCUAAGCAAAUUGAGACUGUUGAAAGACUGUCUCUCCUGGAUCCAUUCGCGGGACAAAGACUCAAACACUUCACUGAUUGGUGUUUCAAUUCUGCGACGAACAAGUUACCUUACGUCAGUGCAUUACGACUGUACGAAGACCCUGGGCGGGCGCACACCCAUGUCAUAUUCGAGCAGUCGGUGUACACUCCCCGAGCGGGACCGCUCACGAAAGACAAGUUCAGGAUCAUCAGAUGUGCGGUGUACCGCAUGUCCGAUGCUCUGCCUGAGAUCGAGCGCGCUCUCAAGCUGAGUCCUGGCGAGGGCAUCAGACUAUGCAACGAGAUGCUACACGAAUCUCAUCCCGUGGCGGAGGAGUUGGUUUUAUUCCUCACUCUAAGAUAUGGCGAAGGAAUGUCCCCGAAGCUCGGCCGAGGUCUACAUUCCCUCCUCUAUACGUCGAAAGCAAUCCACUAA